GCCGCCAGCCGCGUCCGACGGGCAGUGUUGGUGGUGUCAGUGCCCGAGAGGCCGGCUGCGCUCUGCGCUUUGUUCUGAAGAAGUCAUAUUGCAGAUCCCACCACAAGGCUGCGCGACUUGCAAUACAGACUUCGUUGUUUAUAGAUCAGCUAGGCAAGAGUGACUGCUAGCAAUAUUGUUUUAGGACGAUGACCGACAUUCAGUACGUUGCGAUGUCGAAAGAUACUAAAAAAGCUGGAUCGGCCAAGAAAUCAGGCUGCUGCUGCUGCCAGUCGCUGGCGCUGGCCCUCCUCACCGCCUGCGUGGUGGUCGUCGUCCUCGCCGGCAUCACCGUCGUCUCGGCGUUCUCCAUCAUCGGCUACCCGUGGCACGCCUCCUGCCAGGCAGACUGGACGUUCGGCAAGCCGUGUCAGGAGGUGAUGACGUCGAUCGUGGAUCAGAUGCGCGCCUGGGAGGGCGAGGACGGCUGCGCCGCCGGCGGCGAAAAGUGCCUCUACCAGCUGAUCAGCGCCAGCGGGGACACCGUCACGGGCACCCACACCACACCCGUCUCCCACUACGUGGACGAGCUGACGUUCACCUUCGUCAACGGCUCGGCGACCGGCGCGUGCCGCAUGCAGGGUUACUCGCGCUCCAAGACCUGGUACGCCUACCUGGACAAGGGCACCAACUUCUGUAACAUGAAGAACCUGAUCGUGGGCUCAGGGCUGGACCAGGCCGACCCGAUGUACUCGGAGAAUACCAGCGACAGCGUCUGCACUCAGUACUCUUCGGCCGACUGUGAAAAGUACUGAGGCGGCCCACCUCUAUCGCUGACCCGUGCCGGGGUUCGCUGCGAGGUCUUUGUGGUGUUUCACUAGCGCCAGUGGAGACAAUAUCUAGCGCUUAUAAUGCUUAUGCUUGCCGGCUGAAGUAAGCCUAGUUUUACGAUCAUUACUGACGCUUGGAGGAGUAUAAUACACCUCAGCUGUUUACUCGUAUAGUCAAUGGUGCCAUUCGAUUCGUCACGGUGUGUAUUUGAGGUUCAGUGUGUCUACACUUAGGUACAUAUUUAGUUUACAUAGCAUUAGUUCUCUAUUAAGUCUGUUCCCUGUAGAAAAGUAUUAUUUGUGAACCUACAUCUACGUAGGAUUCAACCGUUUUGUUGUACCUCGCUUUUUUCCUCAUGCGAGCGCGACUAGUGUUACCUUCGCUUUGUUUGUUUCGCCGUGGCUGUGGUGACUAUGGUGAUUGGAUUGUUGGCGUGCUUUACCAGAUGUAGCACGUGUCUGUGAUAUGUGGGACUUCUGUAUAUAAUCAGGCUGCUUCCGUGUCGGAGGCACUGGCCAGUACCUAUGUACCGAACAAAUAAAAGGCGUCAGGAGAA